AUGGCCUACAGCAUCACUACAGUCAUUUCAGUUCUGUUAGUGUCCAAAAUGUAUUGUUGUUCAUCUAAAGCAGAGGACAGACUUUUUCGGCGUCUGUUCAGGCGUUAUAAUCAAUUCAUCCGACCAGUGGAGAAUGUAUCUGAUCCGGUCACAGUGGAGUUUGAGGUCUCCAUAUCUCAGUUGGUCAAAGUGGAUGAAGUUAAUCAAAUAAUGGAGACCAAUCUCUGGCUUAGACAUGUGUGGAAUGACUACAAGCUGAGAUGGUCUCCUGUUGAAUAUGAAGGGAUUGAAUUCAUACGUGUCCCAUCAAACAAGAUUUGGAGGCCAGAUAUUGUGCUGUAUAAUAAUGCUGUGGGUGAUUUCCUGGUAGAGGACAAGACCAAGGCUCUGCUCAAGUUUGAUGGCACAAUCACAUGGAUCCCUCCAGCUAUUUUUAAAUCCUCCUGCCCCAUGGACAUCACGUACUUCCCCUUUGAUUAUCAGAACUGCUCCAUGAAGUUUGGCUCCUGGACGUAUGACAAGGCCAAGAUUGACCUAGUUCUCAUUGGCUCAAAGGUAAACCUCAAGGACUUCUGGGAAAGUGGUGAGUGGGAGAUCAUUGACGCUCCUGGAUACAAACAUGACAUCAAGUACAACUGCUGUGAGGAGAUCUACCCCGACAUCACCUACUCCUUCUACAUCCGCCGCCUGCCGCUCUUCUACACCAUCAACCUGAUCAUCCCCUGCCUCCUGAUCUCCUUCCUCACAGUCCUGGUCUUCUACCUGCCAUCGGACUGCGGAGAGAAGGUUACUCUGUGUAUUUCAGUGCUACUCUCCCUCACUGUGUUCCUGCUCGUUAUCACUGAAACUAUCCCAUCCACAUCGCUAGUCAUCCCUCUGAUUGGAGAGUACCUUCUAUUCACCAUGAUCUUUGUAACUCUAAGUAUCGUCAUCACCGUUUUCGUACUAAAUGUCCACUACCGCACUCCUAUGACUCAUACCAUGCCGGACUGGGUAAGGGCUGUCUUCUUAGGGGUGCUCCCAAGGGUCAUGUUGAUGAGGAGGCCCAUAGACCAAGGCUGUCCCACCUCCACGAGCAUCGGCACUGGCACGGUUGGAGGGAUUGCUGGUUUGAAUCGUCUGGGCAACAAGAAGAGAAAGAACAGCAUAGGAUCGGGAAGCGGCUCCGGAAGCGUUAGCAUCGGAGGUAUUACUGGUGGAGUAGCAUGUGCGGCUCUAGAUGGUGGCACUGGCGGGGGUACGUCAACAGGUAGUGCUAUGAACUGUGUGGAGUACGGUGAAAUGAACCGUGAUAAAAAUCGGGACUUAAACCGUGAGCACAAUAGAGAGUUAUCAUUGAACCGCGAUGUGACCAGAAGAUACCCCUACAAUCGAGGAAAAGAAGUCCCAACUCCUGUCCCUCCUCCAAUGGUCCCCCCACCGCCGCCUCCUCCACCUCCACCCCCACCUCCUCCUCUCCCCUCAUCUCUACCGUUCCAGGGCACCCAGAGUCUGCCCCUGCCAGAGCCUCCGAAGUCCCCCAAGAUACCUAGACCCCUGAACUCACCGUCGCCAGUCAACGCAGUGGUGGCUGUAUCUGUGGUAUCGCCCGAAAUCAAGCAGGCCAUAGAGAGCGUCAAGUACAUUGCAGAGAACAUGCGAACUCGCAACAAAGCCAAAGAGGUGGAGGACGACUGGAAGUACGUAGCCAUGGUCAUAGACAGAAUCUUCCUAUGGGUGUUUGUAACAGUGUGUGUGCUGGGGACUCUGGGACUCUUUCUGCAGCCUCUCAUCAGUUUCCUCAAAUAAAACACAGUAUUUGUCAUCUCAUAUCUUCCUUUGUGAGCCAGCCUGCAAUGACUGUGGGAACCAUCCACUCAGUCUCUCUAUCGUCUGUCCCUCAGCUUUUCCCUUGUUUCCCUCGACUUACCCACUUUUCCCUCCGCAGCCUCUCCCCUUCUACCCUCAAUUAUAGUGCACACAAUGCCAUUUUGCGUCUGCCUGUCUCCUGCACCUUUUGCUUUAGAAAUGAUCGUGACAUGUGGCCUCUUUCAUGUACAUUUCUAUGUCUGU